AUGGCACCUCCAGCAUCUCUUCCCACUAAACCUUUCAGCAAGACGGGACGACAAAUACCUGCUCUCGGAUUCGGAUUGAUGGGUUUGAGUGCAGUCUAUGGGCCCAUUGAAAAUGACGAGAAACGCCUAGCAGUUCUGGACCGCGCCUGGGAGCUCGGCUACACGAACUGGGACACAGCCAAUGCCUACGGCGACAGCGAGGUCCUAAUUGGAAAGUGGUUCAAACUGCACCCGGAGCGUCGGGCUGAUAUAUUCCUUGCCACAAAGUUUGCUAUAAAAACCGGCUUCAAUGACAAAGGCGAAUGGAGAUUCUGGGCCGAUAAUAGUCCUGAGUUCUUCAAUGAGUGCCUCGAGGGCAGUUUACAGAAGAUGGGUGUUGAUUACGUUGAUCUUUACUAUGUUCAUCGUCUUGACACAAAGGUACCUGUCGAAAAGACGAUGGAGCUGAUGGCCAAGGCUAAGCAAGACGGCAAAAUCAAAGCCAUCGGCAUCUCUGAAUGCGCCGCCAGCGACAUCCGCCGAGCCUACGCUGUUGCCCCCGUCGAUGCCAUCCAGGUUGAGUACAAUCCUUUCACAUUGGAUAUCGAGAAACACAACAUACUCUCUACAUGCCGUGAGCUCGGAAUUACCAUCUUCGCAUACUCGCCUCUGGGUCGUGGCUUUUUGACAGGUCAAAUCAAAAGCAGUGAUGACUUUGCGCCCGACGACCUCCGCCGCAUGUUACCUCGCUUCAGCCCCGAGAACUUUCCAAAAAACCUAGUUCUUGUUGAACGCCUUAAGGCAAUUGCAGAUAAGAAGGGCUGCACGUCGGGUCAAUUGGUGCUCGCGUGGCUGUCAGCACAGGGCGAGGAUAUUGUUCCGAUUCCUGGAACGAAGAAGAUUAAGUAUAUGGAGGAGAAUGUGGGUUCCCUGGAAGUGAAGCUUUCCUCGGAGGAGGUUCAGCAAAUCAGGGAUGAAGUUGAGAACGCUGAGAUUGCUGGUCAUCGGAACCCUGUGGGUGCGUUCCAUGGCUAUUCGGCUACUGUUGAGCUUUGA